AUGAGCUCGCCGAACACGUCUUCUCCCGCCGCGCCUCCAAGUCCGGCUGCCAAGCGAUCCAUGACCGAAGACUUCAAGGGCGAUAAAGAUACGCUAAUCCCUUUUGAGAAAGUAGACCAGCUUCUCACCGCCAAGGGAAGCUUGCUCGAGACCGAAGUGCGAUUCAUCCACGGUAGACUCACCACUGUUUGGAAGCAACUUCCCAAAUCCGUUCGUGAUCUUUGGCUCUUGUCCUCCACAACAAACGCAUCAAAACCUUUCAUCGUAGCCGAAGGCGAGACUCAUACCUACGGUGAUGUUGCCAAGCGUGCCCAUCUCACCGCCACAUGGCUUUCUCGCCACUUCAACAUCCAGAAAGGAGAUCGAGUAGCCAUUGUUGGACGCAACCACGUCGAAUUCGUCAUCUCCUUCCUCGCCGUACACCUUCUCGGAGCGGUCCCUGCACUCGCAAAUGCCUUCCUACCCGGUCAAGCCAUCUAUGACUGCAUUCGCGAUGUCGGAUGCAAAGCUGCCCUGUUCGACGUCGAGCGAUUCAGACGACUGAGGGAUGCAGAGACGAACUUUAUCGAGAAGCUGUUUGGGCCUGCUGGUCCAGACUGCGUGGAUGAUUUUGAUUGUGUGCCUGGUGCACAUGCCGGUUUGAGCGGCGUUGCUGUCUUCCCUCGUGCUUUCGCCGGUAUCCUGCCCGAGAAGGAGAGAGAGUGGGCUGGUGGAAGGGGAGGAAAAAAAGUGUUUGACUCUCACGAGCUGGAUCGCAAGUACCAAUCUGUUGCUCAGGGAGCAGGUGCGAUCCCAAAGAUCGACAUUGAACCAGAGGAUUUGGCUUCGGUGCUGUACACUUCGGGAACUACAGGCAAGCCAAAAGGCGUCGCUGCUACUCAGAGGCAGUUCUUGUCUGCAGGUCCCAAUUCCGGUUACAGCCUCGCUCGAGCUUACGUUCGCAGAGGUAUGGCUCCGCCUACUCCGGGACCCGACGACGAACAAUCCUCAACCAUUUUCAUGAUCCCUCUCUUCCACUCUACCGGCAUUCAAUCCGGUCUUGUACCCAGCAUGGGCAGAGGAACCAAGAUCUGCCUCAUGCCCAAAUACGACCUUGACAAAGCAGCAGCGCUCAUCCAAGAACACAAGAUUCAAGUGGCACUGGGAAUCGGAUUCAUGAUUCGAGAACUUAUGCUCAGCAAACAUCACUUGCCUUCGCUACAGGGUGUUUCGCAUGGAGGAUCUUCCAGCGCGAAAGAGUUGCCAGAAGAAUCGCGUGCAAAGAUACCUUCUAUGCUCGUCGGUCAAGGUUACGGUUCGACCGAGGUGAAUGGCGCUGCAGCCGGUCUUGCUAGUGACGACUACCGACUCCGACCCACCUCAGCAGGUAAAGCACCUCCCACUAACGAUAUCCGCAUUAUUGACCCUGACACUUUGCUCGAAGUGUCCAACGGCCAAUCCGGUGAGAUCUGGAUCCGUGGUCCCAAUGUAGCCCUCGGAUACUGGGGAAAGAAGAAAGCCACCGACGAAGCCUUUACCAGGGACGGCUACUUCCGCACCGGUGACCUUGGGCGAAAAGAAGACGACGGAUUCAUUUACGUCAUGGAUCGUUCCAAACACAUCAUCAUUCGUGGUGGUGAGAACAUUAGCGGUACUGAAGUCGAAACCGCCAUCUACUCGGAGAGGAGGAUCAUCGAUUGUGCUGCCGUGCCGAUCCCGGAUGACAGGUUCGGCGAGACGGUGGGUGUGGUUUGCGUCCCCCGCGCAGAGUACCAGAAGGAGAACAGACCAACAGUGGAGGAUGUAUUGGCAGUGGCGAGGAAGCUGUUGCCAAAGCACGAGGUACCAGACUUUGUUUGGAUCAGGGAUGAACCAUUGGAGAGGAACGCGAACGGAAAAGUGGACAAGGCGAUCGUCAAGGAAGCUGCUAGGAAGAAACAUGCUGAACUCAAGUUGGCUAACACGAAGGGCAAGCUGUGA